AUGCAAGGCGAAGACAUCACAACCGUCAAGAAUGAAAUUGAUCAUGGAGCGGGAGGAGUCUCUGCGUCGAGUACAAGGGACGUUGAUCUGACCCCACCCAAGAAGCGCAUCAAGUCUGGGGUGACGAGUCGGUCCAGCUCGACUGAGCCGACUACGCAUGCUCGAGAUGAUGGGCACAGCGGGACAGAUGCGGAAGUCUCGGCGAGGUCAGCGUUGAAGAGCAUAGAAGGCGCGAAUGACACGAAGAUGGAAGUCGAUGACACGGUUCCAGCACUGCAAGCAACGGUGGACUCGGUUCCGGAGGCCGUUGUCAAAGCAGAAUCCUCAUUACAAGGAAGAUCUCCAUCGACUUCGACAUCGGAACUGCUUCUCGAGCCUGAGCUUACAAGAACACCAUCUGCGGCAAAGAAGAAGAAGACUGGCACCGGCGCAUCGUCCAGCAGCACCAGCAAAAGCAAGAAGUCUUCCGGCUCCACCAAGAAAGAUACUUCCUCCGUGCACGCUCAAGCCUUCCACGACCCGCCAUCCAGUCGCAGUAGAAGCAAAGUAGAAGCUAUCUUACUGCCACUCUCCACUGUCGCACCGGAAGAGGACGAAGAAGUCGACAAUGCGCUGUAUUGUGUCUGCCAACGGCGGCAGGACGACGUCGAAGGAGGAAUGAUCAUGUGCGAUCGCUGCGACCAAUGGUACCACUAUCGCUGCAUGAAGAUCACCGAUGAUGACGUCGAGCUAGUGGAUCAAUUCAUCUGUCCGCCGUGUCAUCAAGUAACGGGGGAGCAGACGACGUACAAAACGGCAUGUGCGAGAAGCGGGUGCAGGAGGGCAGCCUUGACCCCCUUCAGCAAGUACUGUUCCGACCGAUGCGGUCUGCUGGCAGUGACGGGAAGGAUGGCGACGUUGAAGGUAGAAAAGAAUAAGCAGGCUGUGGCGGUGCUUGAGGCAGAUCAGAGGGUGACAGUGGCGAGGAAGACGGAGGCGUUCACGCACAAGACAGACAAGCACGAUGGUGAGUGGAGGAAGGCGAUGGCUGAGCAAGUUGGUGCGAGGUCAUCAGUGCAAAGAUUAGGAUUCGCAGAUGCUUUCGCUGCGAUGGUCCAAGCAGAAAAGGGAAUGGAUUUGCCGCCUGCGAAUGGCGUAGCCAACGGUGGAUCCACGCAUGGCAUCAACGGCGCGUCACCCUCGACAACCAUCACACCGUCGACAUCAAACGAAGCAUCAUCCGCUACGAGCCUUACCGACAUCAACGAGCAGCUCUGUCUCGUCACCAACCAGAUCCUUGUUGUCGAUCUCGAGAAAUCCCGUCUCAACGCCCGCCUCGAUCGCCUCGAUCUUCGCAGCACACUUCUCCACCUCGUUUCCGAUCGCGUCCCCACUCUCCCGCCGGUCGGCUCGUCCACAACCACCGCCACGACGCUCGACGUUGCCGACGAAGAGGAUGAAGAGAUGACCGAAGCUGCAAAACCGAAGAAGAAGAAGAAAAGCGGAUCCAAAUCCAAGUCCAAAUCAGCCGACACAUCUGGUGGUCCACGCUGCGGCUACGAUCAGCGUCUGCACUGGGACGACGCUGCCUUCGACGCGUGGGCGCACGCAACCUCGGGCUCGGCCAUCCUCUCCCACGAGACGCCGCUCGACGGAGUCCUCAACGAUGAAGUCGAUCCGACACCGCUGCCCAGAUGGAUCUGUGGCUCCGCCAAACGCAAAUGCAGAAGACACGUCGACUGGUCGAACCUGUGCGAAUUGGCGCUAGAUGCGGAAAAGGCGAGCCUGAAUGCCGAUUCAAGGGUUCUGACGCAGCGCAAGUUGAUGUUGGCCGAGACGAGCAAGCGGCUGGAGAUGGAGGCGGAGGUGGCGAAGCGUCUGACUGCGGAAGAUGAGACUCGGAAGAAGAGGAGGGAGGAGGAGAGGGAUAGAGACGUGGCCAUGCGCAUGGCAAAUGAGGGCACCAGAAGGGGUGUUUUGACGUGA